GAUGUCGUCUAGAGAUGCAUAUCAUACAGAGAAAUUUGGACCAGCGUUCUUAGAUGAAUAUCAAAGAGAGAAUAUUCGUAUUGAGCGUCUCUUGGAAAUCGGUAGUGGUCCGAGUCCCAGCGGCGUUAUUUCAGCUGGUAAACACUGUAAGAAUAUUACUCUCAGUGAUUAUUCUACUGGGAACUUAUUACAUUUGAUGAAUUGGCACGAAAGUAAAGUGGACUUACAUCCUAAUGUUUUAAAAAUGUUCCACGAUGUUUCAAGAUUGGAAAAUAAAUCGGUUCAAGAAUUAGACUGUAGAACAAGGAAAAGUGUUCAAAAGAUCAUUUUUGCUGACUUGUUGUAUACAGAGGUCAUACCGGAAAAUGAUGCUAAAUUCGAUUUUAUAUUGGUUAAUUUCGCUUUUUUGAACGCUUGUAUGAAUGUAGAAGACUUGGAAAAGGCAAUGAAAAAUGUCUAUAAUAAACUAGUAAAAGGCGGUUAUCUAUUCUUACAGGAGAAUAAUAAACAUAGUGAAUUGUUGGUGGAUGGUAAAGCGUAUCAUAAUUUAAUGGUUGAUGGUAAGCUAAUUGAGGAAGCUGCUGCUAAAGCCGGAUUUACUGUAUCGAAUAUUACAGAGGAACUACGUAAUAUUGUUUUCUCUCAACACGUUACUUUAACUUUGGGUAAGGAAAGCAGAAGUUAUAAAACGAAAUGCGACGAUUACAAGUAUUUUAAAGUAGGAACUAACAAUCCGUGUAAAGAUCUUAAAGUGUUUGUUAAACAAGAGAAAGGAGAACCCAAUUUAUAUAUUUCCAAGGAACCUGAAAAAUAUCCAACAAUAUCAAAAAUGGUCUGGUCUUCAUACGAACAAGGUAACGAUACGGUAAUUAUAAAAAGCUGGGAACCUUCUUAUAAACAUGGCCAGUAUUAUAUCGGCGUUCACGCCUAUUGUGGUUCCGAUGUACCAACUGGAAAUAGGACUGCCGAGUUCACAGUGACCGCUAGCGAACAAGAUCACGUAAUAGAACCGAUGCCUGAUUUAUGGGUUAAACGUGAAGACAAUGGAAUUAUUGAUAAAAAAAAAUACAAAUAUCACAGAAUGUGUGUUCCUAGCGAAUGUUUUGAUAUUAAUGUUACAAUAUCUCAUUGUACAGAAGGACGACAUUGUACAUCUUACGGAUAUCCCGAAUUAUUAGUAUCAAAAAAUAAUCCAGAAGUUAAAGUGAAGGAUGAAGCUUGGAAACUUGCUGAAGGAAAAACAAGAAGUGUUAGACUACGACCAAAUGACGUUAAUAUGGACGCUGGACACUAUUACAUAGGUAUUUAUGGUUGGUGUACAGAAGAUGAACUUUGCCCACAACCACCUAAGCCAAAUUGCGGACCAUGUAGUAAAGCAGGAAAUGUAUCGUAUACAAUAAAAGUAGCCAGAUCAUCAAUAUCGAAGAAGAAAUGUGAAAAAAUUCUUAAAGAAAGAAAAAAUAGCUCAAAUGUAAGCGAAAUAUCUGCUGUAUUCAUUUUACUAGGAUUAAUAGCUAAGAUGAUUGUAUAA